GUCAAGCCAUUGAUGCAGCUUUACCUGCCCCUCUCUCCUUCCCUCUUCUUCGUCUUCCUUUUAUGGUAAAGAUUCUCUCUCUCUCUCUCAUCUGUUGUGAGCCUGCACAAUUAGAAUCCCAUCUUUUCAUACGAAUACGUAAAAAUCUGUGACUCAAAAGAAGUGGGUGAAGAAAGUCCCUUGUCUCAGAUCCCGAUAUAGUCUUCCUCCCUUAUUACAACACCAAUAACAAGAAAAUCAACUGCUACGGCCACAGUCUACUCUCCCGUAUAGCCUUUUUUGUGGUCCUAAACUACUUUUCUUGUUUUUCACUUUCCCACACAUACCCCUCCAUUUUCCUUUUAAUCCAAACGAACAUUUACCAGCACAACACUAUAACUGGUCAUUUGGUUCAUAGAGGUUUGGGGGGGGAUAGAAAUGCAAGAACAAGGUCUAGCCAUGAUGGGAAGUAGUAGCGGGGGCGGAAUCGGUGGGUUUGUGGAUAUGUCGGCCGCAGUUGGCGGUGGCGACCACCACCGUGGCCUGAAGGCGGAAAUCGCCACCCACCCGCUAUACGAGCAGCUGCUCGCUGCUCAUAUAGCGUGCCUACGAGUGGCGACGCCGAUAGAUCAGCUGCCGCUUAUUGAUGCCCAGUUGGCUCAGUCGCACCAUGUUUUGAGGUCUUAUGCGUCGGAGUAUCACCACAACCAGAAUCAUCCCCUCUCUCCACACGAGAGGCAAGAGCUUGACAACUUCUUGGCGCAGUAUAUGCUGGUGUUGUGUGCCUUUAAAGAACAGCUACAGCAACAUGUCAGAGUCCACGCUGUUGAGGCUGUUAUGGCCUGCCGUGAUAUUGAGCAGAACUUACAAGCUUUGACCGGAGUUACUCUGGGCGAGGGAACUGGUGGAACUAUGUCAGACGACGAAGAUGAGCUACAAAUGGAUUUCUCGCUUGAUCAAUCGGGUGCUGAAGGGUUCGACAUGAUGGGGUUUGGUCCGCUGCUGCCAACAGAAUCCGAAAGGUCUCUAAUGGACCGAGUUAGGCAAGAACUGAAGGUUGAGCUCAAACAGGGAUUUAGGUCAAAGAUUGAAGAUGUGAGGGAGGAAAUAUUAAGGAAAAGAAGGGCGGGAAAAUUACCAGGCGACACGACUUCAGUGCUGAAAAAUUGGUGGCAGCAACAUUCUAAAUGGCCUUACCCAACCGAAGAUGACAAAGCAAAACUUGUGGAGGAGACAGGAUUGCAGCUAAAGCAAAUCAACAACUGGUUCAUCAACCAAAGGAAGCGAAACUGGCAUAGCAACUCGCAGUCAGUGACAACUCUAAAGUCCAAGCGCAAAGCAAGACAAUGAAUCUCAUUCGUUUCGACUGAAGAACAACGAUUAAUUGAAGACUACACAGUAUGCGACUAUGCGCCUAUAUAGCAAAAAUCUAGCCAAGGAUGGUCACGCCGGUGGAAUAUUUAGUUGUUAGAUGAGUCCCCAGAACGGGUACAUGGUGUAAUACAUAUGGUGAUAGGAUUGCAUACUUGUGAAAUACUUAGAUUUCUAUCUUCACUAGAGCCAAAACUACUAACACGUUUCUUGUACCACUGAAAACUUGGAAUGCUUCUAUUUGUUUCUUGAGUAACACUGUAAUUGAUCUCCAUGACUAAAUAACAAGGAAAUUGCAGGCAGAUUAAAGAA